UGACGGGACAGUUAAGUAAUAACUUUUACAUGUAACAGUUGGUGUGUAUCUGUUCUGUCUCUUACAAUAAAAAAUACAUACUUAAAUAUUUCAGCGUAUUAAUUCGUGUAUUUGCGUUUUUGGAAAAAAACAUCUCUGAAAUUAAGGACCAUGUCGUCAUCUCCAGUACCUGAACUGAAGCCAGGUCAGACCAUCAGGCCGGUCGUUUCGAUGAAUCAAGCAAGAGAAAUGAUCCAGACAUAUUUCGGAUUGGAAGCAGACAAUUUCAAAGAAUUCAACAGUUAUGAUGACAAAAAUUUCUAUUGUGAGAUUGGAAAACCAUUCAAGAAAUAUAACCUCAAGGUCUUGAAUUCCAUGGACUCUAAGAAAACUGCACAUGUCGAAGCCGAGCAUGGCAUCAUGUUUUAUUUAUCUAGUAACAGCAUUAAUUGUCCUGUCCCACACAAAACGGUGGAUGGAGAGACCUACAAAGUUGUGUCAAUUCCUCGGGAAGAUGUUGAAAAUGAAAAUAGUGAAACUGCCACCAACGCGAUGCAUUUGGUACGAUUGUUAAGCUACGUCGAGGGACAGAUUAUGUAUCACGUUCUCAUCAGUGAAAAACUUUUGUACAAGACGGGAUUAUAUAUUGCAGAGGUUGAAGAGCUUUUAAAGGCGUGUGAAUACCCUGUGUUGAAAACCCACACAACUUUAUGGAUGAUGAGUGAAGUCAUGCAAUUGCAGAAAUUCGUAUACUGCAUUAAAAAAGAAUCCGAUAAGUUCAACUUGGUGCAGAGCGUUCUCAAAGGGUACAAAGAGAACAUCGAGCCUAUACUAGAUUCCCUGGAGAAAGGUGUGCUUCAUGGAGAUUACAACGAGCAAAAUAUUUUAGUUUUGCCAUCCCAAGUAGACAAAGACGACUAUGAUAUAUCAGGCAUCAUCGAUUUUGGAGACACACAUUGGGGGCCGUACAUUUUCGAGUUGGCGAUAACCGUGUGUUACAUGAUGUUGGAGUCUAUGCGAUGCAAAAUUGUGGAUCCCUUUGAUGCCGUUGGCCAUGUGGUUGCAGGCUAUUGCAAAAUUAGAAAAGUUCCAGAUUCGGAGCUAAAGUUGAUGAGAACCCUAGUGUCAUGCCGACUUUGCCAAAGUCUCGUCAUGGGAGCCUACUCCAGCUCGCAAGAUCCUGACAAUAAGUACAUUUUGACGACAGCAUCCCGAGGGUGGACACUUUUGGAGCAAGUCUGGAAUGAAAAGUCGGAUGAUCAAGUGUUUGCCAUGUGCAAAAAAUAUUUAAGCUAAAUCUUUAUUAUUAACACAAUCGGAAAUAAUAAAUAGUAAUCUUAAUUGGCAAUAAUUACAAUUAAAUCAAUUAAAACUCUGAUAUGAAUUAAUAAAUGGAUUUUCAUGAAGUAUCCAUCAAAUUAUCAA